AUGGAGGAAACUAACUGGUCCAGUGACUUUUAUUCAGACAUUUUUUCUUUAGACUUUGACAGCUUGUUUAAUACAAUUGAUUUAGAAAGCCUUGGAAGUAAAAAAAAUAGCGAUACAGUCCCUGAAGUCUUAAAUACAACAAACCGAGAGAGCGAGCGAGCGGUCCUGGCGGAAACAACAAACAACUUACCGGCACCAGACGAGUCCAGGUUUCCACUUACUUCCACUGACCAAAUCCAAGAAACAAUUAAAGAAGCACAAAACAAGAACACAAAAAGAAGUACAAAUACGUGGAUGAGAGUUUGGUAUUCCUGGGCAAAGUCACGUCAAGUCAACGAGAGUAUAGAAACAAUGGCGCCCGCAACUUUAGACGGAGUCCUCCAAAAAUUUUAUCCGGAGGUGAGAAAGCAAGACGGCUCAGAGUAUGAACCGGACUCACUUAAAGUUAUGAAAGCGGCCCUGGAACGGUACCUGUCCACCCAGAAAUAUCCAUACAGUCUGAUAAACAGUCUGGAGUUCUCAUCUUCAAGGGCUGUUCUUGAAGCAAAAGCAAAACAACUACGAAUGAAUGGUUACGGCAAGAGAAAGAAUCGCGCCCUGCCGUACAACUCUGCCGAAGAAGAGUCCUUCUGGUCAAGUGGUCUGUUAGCCGACCACGAUGGAGUGGCUCUCACAAACGUUAACUUCAAAAAUUUGUCCGAGCACUUCGGAUUUCGUGGCCGUCAAGACCAUUACGACGCUUAUGUACAAGAUUUUGAAGUUGCGUGGAUCCAGAUCCAGGGAAGAGAAUUGGCAAAGUGCGUUCGUUUCAAUGAAAAUCCAACAAAGACCCGUUCCGGUGGCCUUUCAGCGAAACACAGAAAAACUCCUCAAGAGAUGUGGGCCACAGACGGUGGACCAAGAGAUCCAGUCCGGCUCUUUGAAGAAUUUCUGAGAAGGCGCCCAUUAGAAAUGCGAACCUCUGGGCCUUUGUACUUGGCAAUAAUACAGCGUCCGAAAACCGAAGUUUGGUAUGCCAAGUCCAGGAUGGGCGAACACAAACUUGGCAGCAUUAUGAAGACCCUAGCACAGACGAUCAGCAUUGAUGGAAAAAAGAUUUCAAAUCAUUCCACCAGAAAAGCAGUUGUCGCCAAAUUGAAGAAAGCCGGACAACCAAGGCACAAAAUAAUUCAAAUCACGGGCCAUGCAAACGAAACCUCGCUCGAUGACUACGACGGGAUUGAUGAGAAAGAAAGGAGAACUCUGUCACAUAUCAUAAGCGGCUAUUCUGGACCAUCCACAAAGUUCUUCCAAAGCAUCGCCGCCAAGCUUGAAUUCAUUGCCAGUUCCACCUUCAACAGAUGUUGUUGUGCCAUCGAGCAAAUAUGCAACGUCUUCAUCAACUUCGCAAGGUGCAGCCAUCAGCCAAGCAAGCGCUUAUUCUCUCGCCCAUCAGUAUUCUAA